AUGUCUAGACCAAACCACCAGCACCACCAGAUUAAUCUAGAAAUCAAGCGGCAUGAAGAUAAUAUUAAAUUUCUGCAGAGUGAGAUUAACCGCUUGAGUGAAUCUAUACUUGAUUUGCAAGUGAGUCUUGGAAAACAUCUCCCAGCCAAUGGAACUGGAACAACAAAUGAAAGCGCCGCUACUCUUGCUGAGAAGGAUGAAACAGAACAGAUAUUGCGGCAUGAGAAAUCUGCAGCUAGUUUAUUGUGCAGGCUGGAGCUGUUGAAAUCUCAUCACGCGACUCAGGCUUUGAAUUUGGCUCUGACAAAGGAUGUUUUGGGUAUUGUUGGCAUUGUUGCCACCCUUGGCAGAGUCGAUGAUGACAAUCUUAGCAGGCUUCUCUCAGAAUACUUGGGACUGGAAACGAUGCUAGCAAUUGUAUGCAAGACGUAUGAAGGUGUUAAGGUUCUAGAGAAGUAUGAUGCGGACGGCACAAUAAUCAGCACUGCCGGUAUACAUGGGCUAGGAUCUUCUAUUGGGAAGAGCAUAAAAGGGCGGUUUCUUGUUAUAUGUCUUGAAGAUUUAAGCCCAUAUGUUGGGGGAUUUGUAGCUGAUGACCCACAAAGGAAGCUUUCUCUUCCAAAACCAAAACUACCAAAUGGGGAGUGUCCGCCUGGCUUUCUUGAUUAUGCAGUGAACACAAUCAAUUUGGAUGACAAAAACUUGGAUUGUCUCACCAGCGGUGGGCAUGGUCUCAGAGAGACACUAUUCUAUAGCCUCUUUUCUCGCCUCCAAAUAUAUAGAACCAGAGCGGAGAUGCGUCUUGCUCUGCCAUGCAUAAAUGAUGGAGCACUGUCUUUAGAUGGCGGGGUUAUUAAAAAGAGUGGCGUGUUCAUCCUGGGAAGCAGGAAAGAUAUAGAGGUCAAAUUUCCUGCAACCUCUGGAGAAUCUAGUAUGCCUGCAAAAUACCUUGAAACUGAGGAUAUGAUCAAGAAGCUGAAAUGGGAGCGAUCUCAUGUUACCGAGGAUAUGCAAAGAGAACAAGAAUUGUUGGACUUCGCUAAGGCAAACUUCACCAGACAAGUGUGA